AUGAGAAAUUUAUUAAAGAGAGCUGAUAUGCUUGUAACUCCUUAUGAAUUUAAUGUCAAUCAAAGACAAAAAUCUUUAACAGUUAUUGGUAAAACAUUUUUUAAUCAAAGGUGGUGUACUUACAAUAUUAGUUGGAAUUUUUAGUAUAUUUUAUAUGAUUGGAGUCAUUUAAAAAGCACUAUCAGAUUAAGAAACUAUUUAUGUAGGUACUCAGAGUACAAUUAUAAAUUAAACAUAUAUAAAUAGCAACAACACAAUAUUUGCAUUUGAGGUUUCUGAUUAUAAUGGAAACAUUUUUGAAAACAUAUCAGAAAUUGAAUAGUAUAUAAAAUAAAUAAUAGAUAUAUCUCUAUAGAUGUUUUAUACGUAGAAUAAAAGAGGGAUGCCUCACAAAUAGGAUUCGAAAGAAACUCAAGCAAUUUGCUAUUGAAAAAGUGUGAAACUACCACUGUUGAAAAAUUUAAUUUUGAUGUAAUAACAAUUUCAAAUUCCUAAAAACAAAAUCUUUAUUGUGCAGAUGGGAAAUAUGAACUCAUAGGAUAAUAUUUUGAUUCUUACUUUUCUUACUUAAAAAUAUAAAUUAAAGUAUGUAAAAAUAUUACAAAUAACAUUUGCAAGCCUUUAGAUGAGAUCUAAACAUUUAUUAAAAGCGGGUAUUAAUUUUAUUCAUUAAUUUAGAAUCAAUAUAGAUUUAUUUUUAAAAGGAUCAAGACUUAGACAGUAAUUUAAUCUUUCUUCUCCAAUUUAAGCUUACCCAACAAAUAUUUUUUGGAAAUUAGUACUUGGAAUAUCAAACAAUGAAGAUAUUUUUAUUAUGCCUUUUUCUAUGGACUUAAGUAUUUUAUUUAUCAAUUUUAAGAAAGUAAUUCAAUUUUUUAUGACUUAAUGAAUGUUAAAUAAGAAGAAAAACUAUUUUAAACUACUGCUUUUCAAAAGUAGGAAAGGAGAUUAGAACCAACAGAUUUUGCAGAAGGAUCUUCUUUAUGCUCAUUUUAUAUUAGAUCAUCACUUGACAAUUAAUAUUAUUUUAUAGCUUAAUCAGACCUCUUUACUAUUUUUAGCUCUUCAUUAUCUGAAGCUACCGCUCUUGCAGUGGCGAUAAUGAGUUUUUUAAAGAUCUUUUAUCAUAGUUAUAAUUAGCAUAAAACUUUUGCUGUUCUCAUGAACUCUGUAUUUAAAUUUGACUUAGAAAGUGUCAAAAAAAAAAGAUAAUCUUCUAUUUACCAGUCAGAAUAAUCGGGUACUGUAUUUUAACAAAAAACAUCUACCACUCCUGUCAAAACAGGGUAAUUAUAACAAGUAUUAAAAUUGAAAUAUCAUAAAUUAGAUAUUAAAUUUUGAAAUAUCCUAUUCUUUCAUCUAAUACAUAAAAUAUUUAAUUUACAGAUUGUUUAAGUCUAUAUAAGGUAAAAAUUAUUUUAAGACUGAAAAAGAAAUUAUCAUCUCUUAGAUAGCUAAAUCAAAAAUUUAAUAUGAUUUAGAUCUAACUAAUAUUUUGAAAAAACUCUAUGAGAUUGACUGUCUAAAAUUAUUUUUUUUUGACGAUGAUUAAUUAAUUUUAUUUAAUACAUUUUGCUCUCCUGUGUUUUAGGAUGGUAUGGCAAACUAAAAGGACUUAUUUGAUAUAUUAACAAAUUAAUAACAAUAACAGAAAAAAAUAUUAUCUAAUUCAUAAGUAUCUGAAAAAGAUAAAAGAUUAGAUUUAACUUUUGUUGCUAGUUCAGAAAGUAAUGUUAUUAUAUACUAUAAUAUAGUACCAAUAAAUGUUCGUUUAGCAAAAGUAGCUCGUUUUUUUAAAGCAUAAUUAGGAGCUUCGAAUGCGGAAGGAUUAGUUCGAACUUUUCAAAGAAUUAAUGAGAAUUUAAAUCAAAAUUCUACUUUGAAUUAAAAAUUAUUAAGUUUUACUAAAUAAAAUUCGAGUUUAUUUCGUUUGGUUUAGAGUUAAUAUGAGAGCAAUUAAUAAAAAUAACCUUAGAAUUAAGUUCCAGAUGAAAUAGAUAGUUAAGAUAAAUAAAAUUCUGGAGGAAAGGAUUCAGCAUGGAGCAUAGAAGUUUAAAGCUAUUAAUUAGAAAGCGAGAAACGAUAAAAAGAAUUAGAAAUAUAAAAUUAAUUAUAAGAGUGA